AUGGCUUUCCGAUUUCAACGCUCGAAAGAGGCGCCAAUGGACUUCCAGUGGACAAACCGAAGUCCAGUGAAACCUGCGUGGGCAGCCGAUAGUGGAGAGGAGCAGGCAACACCCCAGAAACGAUCGCACGAUGCUUUGUCGCCUUCCACGCCGUCCCUACUUUCCACACCUCAGCAGCGGACAUUUGGCUCCAACCAAAAUGUUCCCUUUCUCUUCAACCCGACUCCGCUCCCUCAAACACCACAACCGCAUCCUUGGGCGCCUCCCCCCCAAUUUUCACCCACGAAAGCUUUCCCUCUGCAACAUGACGUGAACGACGUGGAUAUGACGGAAGCCAGUCCAGCCCGGAACGAAGAGGCAAACGCAGAAGCAUCUCCCACGAAGGACAGAGAACUCGACAAAGAGAGACCUGUGGCAACCGGAGGGCUGCGACGCGUCUUCAAGAAGCGCACGAGGCACGAAGAGAACCGUGUUAUUGCCCGACAGCGCCAUCUACGGGAAGAGGAUGAGGCUGGAUCAGACGGCGAAAGCGAAGAUGAAGGAACUCGUCCACCUUUGCGUCAGGCAACAUCCAACCAUUACACUCUAAACAUGCCUGCUCCACCACCUCCUCAGUCUGAUUUGCCAUAUGUUCUUCUGGGCUAUCUGCAAUUCUUCUUCAAUCUUUCCCUCAUCUUGAUCUUCUUGUAUCUCUUUGUUCAAUUUAUCUUCACUGUCCAACGAGACGUGGAGCAUCGGAUAUCCGAGUACUCUCAAGAUAUUAUCCAGGAGAUCAGCAUGUGCGCGAUGCAAUACAAGAAUAACCUGUGUGCUGUCAACCCCAUACCAGCCAUGAUCCAGCAGUGUGCAAAUUGGGAGACCUGCAUGAAUCGUGAUCCUUCGGUGGUAGGACGAGCAAAAGUUGGUGCCGAGCUUAUCGCAGAGGUUAUAAACGGGUUUGUCGAACCAAUCAGCUGGAAAACCUUGAUAUUCACACUGACUUCGCUGGCUUUCCUGACUGUCUUCAUCAACACCUUGCUUUCCUUGUAUCGAUCGAAACACCAGCCUAUCGCCGAAGCACCCCCUCAUCCAAAUCCACCAUCCUUUCCUAUCGCGCCCGCAACACCCUUUCCCCACCAUUACGCCGGUUACUUGUCUCCUGCCCCGACUCCUGGCUGGGGUCGGUACCGGUCCGAGCGAGACCUUGAGUCGCCGACUAGGCGUCGGCGCCUUGAAGGGGGAGUUGCUGCGAAAGUUAAUAAAUGA